AGUGAUGAAAUUGAAACUAAAAAAACAAUUAAACAACCAACCUAACAACGCCGUAUGAAGGUAAAGUGUCUGGGGAAGCUUUGAAGGUGUUUGACAAAACGUUGAAGAGAAAAAUGGGAAUGGCGUGGUUGCAGUUGCAGAGAAUCAUCACCAAAGGAGGUGCUAAUUUGAUCUCAACACUCCCACACUCUACGCCUUCUUCUUCUUCUAGACUCUUCUCCAAAUCACCCCACUAUGCUGUGAAGGUUGGAAUACCAGAGUUUCUAAACGGAAUUGGGAAAGGGGUUGAGUCUCACGUUCCCAAGCUCGAAUCCGAUAUCGGAGAUUUCCAGAAGCUUCUUGUCACUCGCACCCUCAAGCUCAAGAAGCUCGGCAUUCCUUGCAAACAUAGGAAGUUAAUAUUGAAAUACACACACAAGUACAGGCUGGGAUUAUGGAGGCCACGUGUUGAGUCCAUCAAAGCUUGAUUGGUUUCUAACCAGUACGUGGUCACUGUCUGUUAGAUCAUAUUUCAAAUGUUUAGCAGCAGCAGCAGAAUGACAGUGCUCGACUUUACAAGAAAAGAUCAAGUCACUUUCUUUAGACACCACAGAUCUUUUACAAGAAAACAUAUUCCAAAUUGGGUUGCUUAGGAAAUUCGAAUUCUGAAAUAUCACAAUAAAAUGUGUUUUUUGAGGGGACAUUGCUAUUUUGUGCGAAAUUUCUAUUGGAUAUGACUACCUGAAAAAGUCAUCAUUUUUUUUCUGUCUAAUGAUGAAUUCAUUGUUAGUUAAGAUUGAAGUUCUUUGAGUGUUAUAACUUGGUGAUUAUUAAAAGGGAAUUGAUGGAAGUUGUGGUUGUGGCGAACAA